AUGAGUGAGAGUGAUUAUGAUGGAGAAGAAAUCUCCUUCAUAGAAGCUGCAAGUAUAUUGCUUUCAGCCCCCGGAUGGCAUAGAAAGACGCGAAAGGACCUGGACGAGGCUGAGACCGCCAGAACGUCCUGCAAAACAGAUCUCGAAGCUAAGAAGACUUAUGCCUCUGACCUUGACACUCAAAUCAAUCUGGCAAAGGAAAGGAUCAAUGAGUUUCCGUCUCAGGACUCGGAAAUGCCGGGAGUUUCGAACCCUGAUCGAACAACACAUGGCAAUGCUUCCAAGUCUCGUUCACGUCGUCUGGCUCCCAGGAUUCCUUGGAACCCCCUCGAAAGAUACAUCUCCUCGCCAUACCGACAUGAAGAGACCGAGAUCAUGUUGGAAGAGUCUAUACGCGACAUGGACUAUCUUCGGGCUCAGCAUAUGGAACAAGAUUCCGGAGUGGGCGAUAGGUUGCAUGAGCUGAGUCAGCUGUGGACCCAGCUCAAAUGGCUUGAAGGAAACAGUCAGGUUUCAAUUGGCACGACGGAAGCGGGUUUCACGGAAAAAGAAGCGAAACAGGGAUGA